CUUUUCUUUUAUAAUAGUCUCCAUUAUAAGUCUUAAAAGAAUCCAGGAUAAAACCCACAUUUAUUUGAAAAUUGUAUUUCAAGUUACGAUUUUGCUGAAGUCGAACACUGAAGGAGGGAAAAUUUAACAGGCAGUUAGAAGGCAAUUUGUUGGGAUAUUUCUUAAUACAUCCAUCUUCCUGUACAGGGUCGCGGGGAACCAGGACCCCUGGACUUGAUUUCAGAAAGCAAAAGACACAGGGCAGGGACCAUUGGACAAGAUGCCAGUCCAUCACAGGGCACACAUCACGCACAACCACACAUCAUGUAAUAAAUGCGAUUUUUCUACAACAGCAAUACAAAUUAAAUUUAUACAGAAUUUCACAACAUUGCAGCUGUUAGUUUGCCCUGCACCGUUUAUAGUGUUGCCAUUAUUUCAGAACAAAAAAAAAGCGAAUUUGAAGCAUCCAUCGAUGUAUAUCAAAAUAAGCUGAAAAUACAAAUAUACCGACAUUAUUUAAUGGGUUGACUUUUUACCAAUUACAAAAUUGCAGUUGGAACAUUUUUAUACGGUGUUUUUGGCUGCAGUGCCGUAUUUGGUUAGAGUAUUGUGGCUCUUCGCUCAUAAUUAAUAUAUUAUUACUAAAUCUGCAUUUUAAGAACGUGUUUUGAUGUCACGUUAAUUGCUAAAGUUGGAGAUUUGUAACUGACCAAGAUUUCCGUUUAGCAUUUUCGGGAUUUUUGCUCCUCUAUUAUUUGUACUGAUUUCCCUCAGUAUGUUUUAUUUAACACUGCGUUGCGGUAAUGUAUAAAUCUUCCGAUUAAUAUGGAUUCACUGCCUGCGUUGGUCUACUCCUUUAGACAAGCUGUGUUGCUAAUGACAACCAUCUUAGCACAUUGGGGCAAUAGCAACCCUGGGGUGUGCGUUUCGAAGGAGGUGGCAACAAAGCUUCCAUCACUUUGAAAGUUAGCUCUUGAUACUUUGUAUUCACUACGCGGUAAUCCCUGUUGUGUGUACUUGUCGGGGUUACUUUGGAAACCGAGAUUUUUUUAAACAAUAGGUUGUAUUAUCUCACAGUAGCCGCAAUUUAGUCUUUGAGCUAAAUCUUUGUCUAGGCGGGCAAUUUGUCAUGUGACAAAAUCUGAUCAGUACGUUUGGUCGUUCUUUGCAUCGCAGCUGUUACAAAAUGAACAAGACGUUAUUAUUUAAUAAUAUUAUUAACGGAAAUUUAUUAACUGAAAAAACCUAUUGAUCUUCUUUGCAUAAACUCCAAGGGCGAAUAAAAGAAAUUAUGCGUAUACCUCAUUCGUUUUAAGCCUAAAAAUGUAUUUAAAUAAAACCGAGUACUCAUACAUUGGAUGUCCAUUUUAAUUAUGCAAUUAAAGCUUUGAUAUUUAAGAGCUGGGGUUAUAAAAAGCCGUUCUUUUUCUUUUGAGUUAUGCUUGCGAUAUCCGCUAGGUGUCGCAAGAUCGCGUGGAAUGGCAGCACCGCUUCCCCGAGUUUUGCGGCUGAUGGGGUGGGUAGGUGGGGGGGUUGUUCCUGGUCCCCCCUCGAGUUUUCUGCAGACGCCGAGUUUGGCAGUCAACUCCCGGCUGCAGUUGCAGCACCUUGUCUGCUCCGUAAUGUCCUUGAACGCUACAGUCCUUCACGACUCAACAGCGCUGAGAGAGAUAUAUAUUUAUACACGAGCAUUAGGAAUAAAAUGGGACAGUGAAAAUUAACUGAAAGGACGAAGAAAUCCCGGAUCUCAAGAUGCUCUGUUAUAAUUAAUCGUGGCUGUAUUUCUUCUAGUCUACGCAACUUAUCUAUGAAGCAAACACUGCAUUGGCUCGCGGGAUAAGUAUACUGAAGAGGAAUUGCAGCAGCUUAACUUUGCAAGCUGUUACAUUAUUAUCAGACACGCAACCGGGAGCUCGCAAGCGAAGGGUCCAUCUUUUUUUUUAUGAAGCCGGCGUAAGGUUUUUUUUAUGAUUGCUCUUGCAUGGCUACAUCAUGGCUACCUUUAUAUGCAGGGUUCAAUUUUUAGAUGACACCGAUCCAUUCAAUAGCACUAAUUUUCCGGAACCAACAAGACCGCCGCUCUACACGUUCAGGGAGGAUAUUGCGCUAAUAAAUCAAAUAGCCGGAGUCCACAGGAUUCUUAAAGCCCCACACAAGCUCGAUGACUGCGCUCUCCAGCUCUCCCACAGUGGCACCUACCUGGAUCUGGAAUCCAGCCUGGCGGAGCAGCGAGAUGAACUGGAGGGAUUUCAGGAGGACGGUGGCGGGAGAGGCAAGAAGCACAGUAUCGUCCUGCGGACACAGCUUUCGGUCAGAGUUCACGCCUGCAUCGAGAAGCUGUACAGCUCCAGCGGACGAGAGCUCCGGAGGGCCCUGUUCUCUCUCAAGCAGAUCUUCCAGGAUGACAAGGACCUGGUCCAUGAGUUUGUUGUGGCUGAGGGACUGGCAUGUCUGAUCAAGGUGGGAGCGGAGGCUGACCAGAACUACCAGAACUACAUCCUCAGAGCCCUGGGGCAGAUCAUGCUGUACGUGGAUGGGAUGAACGGGGUCAUAGGUCACAACGAGACCGUCCAGUGGCUCUACACACUCGUCGGCUCCAAGUUCCGCCUGGUGGUGAAGACUGCCCUCAAACUGCUGCUGGUGUUUGUGGAGUACACCGAGUCCAAUGCAGCGUUGCUGGGGGAGGCUGUCAGCGCCGUGGACACCAAGCGAGGCUGCAAGAUGUGGUCAAAUGCCAUGGAGAUCCUGGAUGAGAAGGAUGGAAUGGAUACGGAGCUGUUGGUGUUCACCAUGACGCUGAUCAACAAGAUGCUGGCCGGGCUGCCAGACCAGGACUCCUUUUACGACGUGGUGGACUGCCUAGAGGAGCAGAGCAUGGAGAGUCUGGCCCAGAGACACCUCAGCCGCAAGGGCACCGACCUGGACCUCGUGGAGCAGUUCAACAUCUAUGAGAUGACGCUGAGGCACGAGGAUGGGGACGAUGAUGGCCAGCCACCGCCCGCGGGGUGCAAGGACCGACGGCGCGCCAGCCUGGGUGGGAGCUGCGAGAGGCGGGGCCUGGAGAGGCGCCGUAGCCGGAGACACUCUGUCCACAGUGGGCGGGGCCACGCCUCUGCCCCUGCCUCGCCCAGCACCCCACACUGCCACGCCCACACGGGUCACUUCCUGCCGUUUUCUGGACAAAGGGUUCAGGACGUAUCAGAGAGGAACAGCUGCCAAGGGAGUCCAUACAUGGGCCGAUCCUACUCUAGCAUUAGUGCCCCCUCUACACCCUCCAGUCGCUAUAGUGCCACAGUGUCUCCUUCAGCAGACUCCAGCUCCUCUCCUGCUGCGGGCUUUUCCCGACCAACCCUGGGGGGUUUGCUGACCUCGUCGUACCGGCAGCACCAGGAAUCUCUGGCUGCGGAGCGGGAGAGGAGGAGGAUGGAGAGGGAGGAACGGCUGCUGAGAAUUGAGCGUGAGGAGAGGAGUCGUUUCAGCCGGGACUAUGUUGACAAAAGGGAGGAGGUCAGACAAGCCCGUGAGGAGAGGUACAAGCAGGUGGAGAAGCUGGCAGCGGCGGAGUACGAGAUAGAGCGUCAGCGGACAGCCCCUCGGGGCCGCAGUGAGCUCACCCUGUCACUGAGUCCACGCCGCUCCAGCCCCGGCUUGCCGUCCAUCUGUGCGACCCCGUCACCCGUGGAGCCCCGGCAGGAAGCCUCAGCACGCUCGCUCUCAGCACGCUCGCCCUCAGCACGCUCGCCCUCAGCACGCUCGCCCUCAGGUCAAGUCCGUGAUGGACACCAUGCAUUAAACCAGGAGUCCAGAACUGGUGAGGAACCCGAGACGAAGGUGGCAGGAUCUUCUUCGGAGUCGGUGGAGGAGGAGGUAUCGGACAGAAGGGAUGUCGGGCGGAAGGUAGAGCAGAAAGUACAAGAGGGAAAGCCGUUGGUGAAGAAAGAGGGGGAAGAAAGAGAUGAGGAAGACGUGAGGUGCGAACGAGCGAUGGUGCCGAGUGCAGAGGUAGAGGGGGGGCGAGAGCAGGGACCAGAGCGGGACGGUGAGGACGCCGCCCCUUUGAGCGAGAAGGAGAGGCAGAACGAGGAGCUCAAUGAGAAGGACAACUGCUCAGCAUCCAGCAUCUCAUCAGCCAGCAGCACUUUGGAGAGGGAGGAGCGGGAGGAGAAACCCACCAGCGACACGGAAACAGAGACGUGGUCACAGAGCAUUAAGGAUGCAGACGUGAAUGAACAAUGUAGUAAAGUUCUCAAUAGCAAACUCUUUAUGUUGGACAUGCUUUAUUCCCAAAACAAACCUGCUAUGGAGAAUGAGGAGAAGGACGGUGAAAAGGGCCGAGAACGGAAGGCGUGUGAAGGCCAAGACCCGUUCGUGACAAACCUGGCCAGCAGGAUCUCUACACUGGAGGCCAACCGGCAAGCUUCAGAGGAGAACGUGAAGAAGAUGGACGUCGAGCAUCUGGACAACCAGGGCUGUGUCCGGGCUGUUGCUGAGAAGUUUGGCGAUUUGGUGAAGGGGCUGGUGUCCCCACCAGAACCUGAGGUACCGGAAAGGCAGCCGGCGCAGCCAGACCGGACUAUACACUCCGCUUCACCGCUUCCUGCUAAGAAGGAGUCCGAUCACAUCUGGGACCAGCUGAUGGCAAGUCCACGAGAACUCCGCAUCAAAGACAUGGACUUCACCGAUUUGAUGGAGGAGGACGACCUGGACAUCCUGGAUGUGGGUAACAUGGGAUCUGGAGACCUGAGAGACUUGGCACCACCCCCACCCCCUCCUCCCUGUCUCAACUCCUUGCCGCCCCCUCCUCCCUUGUUGGGGUGUCCUGCACCCCCUCCAAUCCCGGGCAUGAUGCCUCCACCCCCACCCUUUUCUUCAGCAGUGCCACCCCCACAGCUGCACCUCAGAUCCCCACAUCUGGGUCUGGGUGAGCCCCCCGCAUUUGUAAAGAAAAAGAAGACGAUCCGCUUAUUCUGGAAUGAGGUCCGACCUGUGGAUUGGCAGCACCGUAACCACAAGCACCGCAAGGACUCACUGUGGUCCAAAUUGGACCCUGUCAAGGUUGACACGUCCAAACUGGAGCACCUCUUUGAAUCUAAGUCCAAGGAGCUACCUGUCACCAAGAAAACGGCGGCGGACGGCAAGCGUCAGGAGAUCAUUGUCCUGGACUCAAAGAGGAGCAAUGCCAUCAACAUCGGCCUCACCGUGCUCCCCCCCCCGCGCACCAUCAAGACGGCCAUCCUGAACUUCGACGAGUACGCUUUGAACAAGGAGGGCAUUGAGAAAAUUCUGACCAUGAUCCCCACAGAGGAGGAGAAGCAGAAGAUCCAGGAGGCGCAGCUGGCCAACCCGGACGUCCCCCUGGGCAGCGCCGAGCAGUUCCUCCUCACCCUGUCCUCCAUCAGCGAGCUCUCCGCCCGCCUGCAGCUCUGGGCCUUCAAGAUGGACUACGAGGUCAUGGAGAAGGAAGUAGCUGAACCACUUCAGGACCUGAAGGAAGGGAUGGAUCAACUGGAGAAGAACAAGACACUGCGAUACAUCCUGUCCACGCUACUGGCCAUUGGCAACUUCCUCAACGGAACCCAUGCCAAGGGCUUUGAACUGAGCUACCUAGAGAAGGUUCCGGAAGUGAAGGACACAGUGCACAAGCAGUCCCUGCUGCAUCAUGCCUGCGCCAUCGUCGCAGAGAACUUCCCCGACAGCUCCGACCUCUACUCCGAGAUCGGGGCCAUCACACGGUCAGCAAAGGUCGACUUUGACCAGCUACAGGAGAGCCUCGUUCAGAUGGAGAAGCGGUGCAAGGCAUCAUGGGACCACCUGAAACUCAUCACUAAGCACGAGAUGAAGCCAGCACUGAAACAGAAGAUGUCGGAGUUCCUUAAGGACUGCGCCGAGAGAAUAAUCAUCUUGAAAAUUGUACAUCGUAGAAUAAUCAACCGGUUCCACACGUUCUUGCUGUUCCUGGGCUACCCUGCCUACGCGGUGCGCGAGGUGAGCGUCCACCGCUUCAGCAAGACCGUGAGCGAGUUCGCCCUGGAGUACCGGACCACACGCGACCGCGUGCUGCAGCAGAAGCAGAAGAGGGCCAGCCACCGGGAGAGGAACAAGACCCGGGGCAAGAUGAUCACGGAAUGCGAUGAUGAAGAGGACACUGAGAACGGUAAAUUUGGCACCACUUCGGCAACUGCCCCCGAAAACCAGCCCCAGGGCCUUCAGUACACCGAGGAUGCCAAGGAGCACGAGCACAUGAAGGCAGUACUGAAGAGCAGCCUGCAGGGCGGCGACUGCGAGGCCUCUCUUCUCCCGGGGCUCCGGACGCGCACCCGAGCCUCCAGAAGCCGAAUGGGCUCCUGGUCUGUUGCGAACGAGGAUAACCCAGUCGUCACGGAGGAUGCGGCGGAUGAGAUCAUGGAGCAAAUCGUGAGGUCCGCCACGCAGGGCCCGAGUCAGCGCACGCAGCCGCGCGAGAGGAGGCGGUCCCGCGCCAACCGCAAAUCGCUGAGAAGGACGCUGAAGGGGGGCCUGACUCCAGAGGAAGCCCAAGCACUGGGUCUCAUCAGCAAUUCGGAGAUGCGGGUCUGAGGGGGAGGAGCAAGUACGUAAUCAUCCAGGGGACGCCCACUCAUUGGCUCCUUGGCCUACACCCUGCCCCAGCCUCCUGGAAGCCACCUCCCCCCGUGUCCCUGUCAUCGUUCAUUGCCUCUGAAGUCAUUGUCACACCUUUUUAGUGUGCUGUGCCCCCUGGCCCCGUUCGUUCAGGGGUGAAAAAGGAGACUGUGAAAUCACUCUCUGGUUAAAUGGGGUGAAAUGAAGCUGUGAAACAGCCUAUUAGAGAUAAGCCUUUAUUUUUCUACACUACGUUAUUUGCUUUGCCGAUUCCCCAGCGUCUGGGUGACGACUAUAAUUUCUCCCUGUAGCUGGAUUGUUGUUGGAGUAACUGAGGUGAUGUACUAUUCUCAAGGGUACUACGACUCUCAGGUGGAAAGGCCAGUGUUCAGACGAGUGCCACACACAAGGCCCAUGUCCCAUGGCAUUUCGCGGGAUUGGGAUUGUUAAGGUCCGUUAGGCUGGGUGUCCAUAGCUGAAGUGUUUACAGUAUUUACCUGAGGUCGUUCCUAGACUAGCACCGAGUCUGGAAGUAAGGAACUCUCAACCGUUCUGUUGAUUGUUGCUUGAACAUUGAAAAUAAUAUUUUAAUCUGGGGAUCAAACACGCCCUUGGCCUGGGAUGAUCUCUGAUGAUCAGUCAGUUCAGUUGGCUGUAUGUUGUACCACCAUGUGGUUAUCUUCUAAAGAGUGUAAUAAUAUUUCACACCAAAUCAAGUGCUUUAUGUUAGUAAGGAAAAGGUUAGAUAGGAAUCAGGAGGAAGUUCCUUGAUAGGUACAGUAACAACACAAAAGUCUACCCUGAACUUAAAGAGCACCUGAGACCUGCAUCUCAACUCUAUUACGGUGUUUUCUUUUUUCCUAAUUGAGAAAUACUUUGUAUGUGUACAUAUUACUGUUGUGUUUUAAGGUGGAAGCUUAUCUACUCUUUUGGAAACUGUGAGAAAGGACUAUUUGCUGGAAAAAAGGUUGUUUGAAAAGGGAUUUGUUAGGGAACAAUUUUACAUGGCAGGAGAGGCUCGGAAAGUUGGGCUAUUUUUGUUGACAUUUUAUACUACAGUCUUAAAUGCAAAAGGUAUGUUAGAAAGUGACAGAAAUGUUAGAAAAGCACAAAAUGUAAGUGAAAGAGUGUUUCAGAUGUGAAUCACGCGGCAUGCAUACGCGCCUGCAGCUAACGUGUAGGUAAUUCUGGGCCACAGUGGACAGUUUGCCCCCCCCGUGGUCAAAUCCGCAGAGCAUGACUGAGAUUAUGGAGCUUCGUCUCAUGAAAGCUGCACACCGGUGACAUUCUGACUGAGAUCCGUCACAGUGAUGUGACAGAAAACGCGCACCUCCAUGCUUUACGUGAUGCAUAGCAGGGGUGUAACGAAAACACUUCUGCGUGGAAAACUGGGAAAAUGCUGAACAAAAAAAAAAGUUUCAUCUGCUGUUCGUUAUGUCGAGUACGUUGUGUUUAUUUUUAUUGUACUUUUCCAUUGUCUGUUGUCUUUUUCCACUUAUUUUGUUUUGUUUAAACGUAAACAGGUAUGGAGCUGAAACUUGGGUUUUACUACAUGGGGGGUUUCAAACACUGCAAGCUCCCACUUUGAGCAAAGGCUUGAAUUUGGUCGCCUCAUACUGUGUUGCCAUGAAAUACAUGAUUGUAUGAAUCAAAACCAAGAUGUUGGGGGAGAUGGAUUCAUUUUUGAUGAUACUCAAGCAUUGUCUUACACUCUAUAGCGGUUAUUAGGUAGUUAGGUAUUAGACAUUUGAUAGUGAAUUUGGAGAACUGUGACCCAGACCCAGCAUGGAUAGCGGGGGUGACGUCAUCCUCGACCCUCGAUGGAGAGGGUCGCCGGGCAGCUGAGUCAGAAGCUGCUCUCGAACCCAAGGACGAUUGGGAGGUUCAUGCGGACCUUAAGUAUUCAAACAUCAGGAAAGAUUCUUUUAAAAAUCAUAAAUGAGCUGUGUCCCUUGAAGGGCUUCAGACAAACGAGUGCCUUUCAGAAUGAACUUUCUGUAUUUAUUCAGUCGCAUUUCAGGGAGAAACUCAAGCGGAUGUAACGUCGCGUGACGAUAGAGCUGCUCGAACACUCUGCUCUCACAUUCAGUAACUGAAACCCUGGAGUCAGACGCUGUCAGAGAAGCUGACCGCCCCCAAAUCAUGUAACAGCGGUGCCCAUCUUCAAUCCCCCUAACCCUAACCCUAACCCCCACCCUCAGUUAUACGAUACAUUCAGUUACACCGCUGUAGUGUUUUGGUCAAGAAACAAAGCCUUUUGACAAGAAUAGUUCUUCCAAACAUUUUGAAUGAUUAUUUAUCACAAAGAUUUGCUCACAACUUGGACCCGAACUACAUUUCGACAUGUAGCUUGAUUCAAAAGGCACUACGAGUCGUUCUUUUUGACUUGUUUGUUGAAAGUAAAAAAAAAUAACUGUAGUAUAUACAAUACAGCACCUUAUCUACCAGUUGUAGCAUGAGAUUUCUAUUGAAAAUGAUAGUAUGGAUAUUAGAAAAAGUUGAAUCUGUAAAGUUAUAGAAAAUAUAUAAAAAACAAAAGGAUACACACUGUAAAAAUAUGUAAAUGUUACACCAUUGUGUUUUUUUGUUCAUGUUUUCUGUAGCAUAGUGUAUUAUAGGCUAAUUCAGUAGCAGUUUCAUUCUGUGAAUUGUAAUUUAAGAAAGCCUGCAUGGUUAAACUAAUAAUUAUCUACAGGGGCAAACCUCGCCCCAGUGACAGAGGAAGGCUCUUCGACGUGUGAUGUCAGUGUUCAGUGAACAUCUGCUUUGAUUAAGUUGUAGCAUCGCUUUCACUCCUCACAGACUUGAAGUGAACUUUAGAAAAAUGUCAAGACUCACCGCCUAUCAUUCCGGUGAAGCCUUAGCAGUGUUUCAAAAAUAAAGGAUUAAAAAAGGCAAGCUGAUCUCACCAGUCCGGUGCCAUGUGAAGGCUGCACAGGGGAUGGGCAAGGAUCCGACAUAACAGUGAAGCUGUUCUGCUUAUAUAUGCACCACAUAACAGUAUGUAUACACAACUCGCAAUAAAAAUCUGUAAUAAACCAGUAAAAUACCUUCUUGUGUGUUCUGCAUAAUUAUUAAAUAUCACUACUUAUGAAAUAGCAUUUAGUGCCCUGCAGCAAUGGCUGGGAGAUCCUGUCUCUAAUUAAUUUACUGGUUUUGACAUGAUAUUAUAUGCGUAUUAUUAUGCAUUAUGGAUUUUUUUGCCUAUAUUUACGUCUUGAGUAUAACAUUUUCAUAUGAAGCAUUAGCGACAGGGCCUACUUUUUAAAAUGCAUUACUGUGAAGAUGAUCAUCUCAUUCAGCUUCUCACUAUUAAUGACAAACUGGGCACCAAUUCGCAAACUUCUUAACAAAUUGUGUGGGAAAAUAAAAGUAAAUUUGUGAUCAAA